UAUAUAUUCUGAUGAAAUGAUUAGCUUGUUUUAAUAACUGAAUGUUAUUUAAGAACAGGAUAUAUUCUGUGAAGACAAAAAAGUUAUACAUGUGUAUAUAUAAAAUUCAUUGGAAUUUCUAUGAGGAAAUCUAUCUUAAGGGUCCAGAUGAUCUUUGCUGUAGAGCAGAGGCUUCCUUAAAUGGAUUGUGUUUGAGUUUUAACAGCAGUUAUAAAUCAUUACAGUGUUUUUGAAGAGAACAAAAUCAUAAGCUCUUUAUUUAUUCACACAGCCCUCUAACUGUUGUUGAAAACGAUGCCUAAUGAAGAUAAAUUAGGUAGUUAUGAAAGAAGACAAAGAGCACAUGUGAUAAAGUGGUGCCAGCUUUAAUGAAUUUAAACAACACACCGAAAGACAAAAGACACAGUGAGUGUGAUGUGACAGUCUCUUCUCAGCCCUGCCAUCAUCAUUAUACACAAUGCUCAAAUUGUCCCAGUUACUGCAAAGAAUAAGAUGCUGAAGGACUCUAAGUCACCCCGGUCUCAAAACAGCUUUGAUGGCAGACAGGGACUAUAGUCUUUCUUCUUCUACAUCCAAAAACUGUCUUUCAUUUGUGGUAACCUGGGGCAGAGAAUCCAAGUGAUCUUAAGCAGGAUAAACAGAUAUUUAUUGUUUGGCAUGAGAUACUAGGUAUUAAACUGGCAGUUGUGAGAAGAGUCCCUAAGUUAAUUUAAUAAUUAAUUCCUCUCUCUCAUGAUCUUGGAAUGGUCCAUCAGUUCAUAAGUUCAUAUUUUGCUCCAAAAUACAUUGGAUCAUUUUUGGCUCGGGAGCUUAAGAGGAAAUAUUGAAGACAUCUGUAUAUCAUAUGCAUGUGACAGGGCCAAGGAGUGUUUUGUUUCUGCUGUUACAAAAAUUUAUUCACAAAAUGCUUUCAAGGCUAUUUGAAUAGAGGUCUUCAUGACACACAGUGGCAGAAUGUGAUUACUACACUUUGCGAAACUCCCAAACUACUAAACAGUUUAGUGUCUUUCAUUUUAAAGCACACUUUCUGUUUAUCUCAGAAGACGAGUAUCAGUCCGUCCAGUUGGUUGAAUCAGUAUUUCAGGCCAGUGCUUUUACACACAUAACAACGAACCUUUGUAAGUGGUGUGACCAGUCCAGUCCUGUGUGUGAAGACAACAUCUGCAUGAGCAACUGCAACUUCAGCUCCUUUUGUAACCAUGCCGAGGAGGUCUGCGUGGCUAUAUGGAAAAAGGAGAACGACACUGUGAGCGUGCAAACUCUAUGCCACAAUCCUCAGAACGUCCUGGAGAACAUCAUGCUCUCUAACACCAGCUCCACAGAGUGUGUAAUGACUUCAGUGCCCUCUGAGAACAGUAUGCUGUUUCUCUGCAGCUGCAUCCGGGAUCAUGACUGCAAUGACAGGCUCAUCUUUGACAAGGGAGCAAAUGGAUUCUCAAGGUCAAGGAGUAAAGAGGUGAUUCCAGUAGUGGUGAUAAGCCUGGCUCCUCCUUUUCUAGUAGCUGUGAUUGCUGCAAUGGCAUUCUAUAUCUACCGCACACGCCACCUCAGCAAGCAACCCAAAGACUGGGCACCAAAGCGUACACAUUACCAGUCACUGGACCCACCGGAGGCGUGUGCUGGUGAAGCCAACACCAGUGACUACCAUGGCAAGCUUCUUUCCCUUGGGGAAGAUGCCAAUUCAGACAUAUCAUCAAGCUGCGCCAAUAGUCUAAACCACAACACAGAGCAUUUGCCUAUCCAGCUGGAGGCCUUGGUUGGUAAGGGACGAUUUGCUGAGGUCUGGCGAGCACGGCUUAACCAUAGUGAAUGUGGCCAGUAUGAAACUGUGGCAGUAAAAAUCUUCCCAGCUGUAGAAUAUGCCUCCUGGCGCAACGAGAGGGCCAUCUUCUCCGACCCCAACCUGAAGCACGAGAACAUUGUGCAGUUUCUUACUGCAGAGCAGCGCGGAGGUACAGCUAGUGCCCCCCAGAGGCAGUACUGGCUCAUCAUGGCUUAUCAUGCCCUGGGUAAUCUGCAGGACUACCUAGUGAGCCAUGUGCUGGGCUGGAGUCAGCUGUGUGCAAUGGCAUCCUCAGUGGCACGAGGUCUAGCACAUCUGCACAAUGACACAACACCAUGUGGAACGCCCAAGGUGCCCACUGCACACCGGGACUUGAAGAGCAGCAACAUUGUGAUGAAGAGCAACAACGAGUGUGCUCUGUGUGAUUUUGGCCUUGCACUGAGACUGGACAUCUCUCUCACUGUGGAUGACUUUGCAAACAGUGGUCAGGUUGGAACAGCGCGUUACAUGGCCCCUGAGGUCCUAGAAUCGCGUGUGAAUUUGGAGGAUUUGGAGUCCUUCAAACAGAUGGAUGUGUACUCCAUGGCCCUGGUGAUGUGGGAAAUGGCCUCUCGCUGUGAUGUUAUAGGAGAGGUGAAGAGCUACGAGCCUCCAUUUGGUUCGAAGGUGUGUGAUCAGCCGUGUGUGGACAGCAUGAGGGAUCUGGUGCUGAGGGACAGAGGACGACCCGAUAUCCCACUCAGCUGGACAAUACAUCCGGGAAUGCAGAUGCUAAGUGCCACUAUUACAGAAUGCUGGGACCAUGACCCAGAGGCACGUCUGACUGCACACUGUGUGCUGGAGCGCUUUAACACUAUGGCACAGGAAGAACUGGAGAGCAGUACAGUCUUUGUCUCUAUCGGCAGUACUACUGAGCAGCAGGACUCCCCUCUCCCAUCUAACUGCACGGAGAAUGACACUGGCACGUCGGCAGCUUGUUCGCCUCAGGCACAAACCACAGUCGAUGUUCAAGCCUCAACCUCUUUAAGGCCAUUGAGUGAAGUCUGACCACUCCUCCCCAAAGCCCUAAAAACCAGACUUGUUUUUGUAAUAUAUAUUGGUUCAAUAUGUGGAGCUGGUCUCUGUCAUCAGGUUUUGAUUAUUUUUAAAUAUUAGCUUUUUUGUUUUUGGAAUUAAUGAACAUAAUGCACCACUGAAGAAGGACUAAAGGAUAAGCAAGAUAAUAUAAGCACUGGCUUCUGAGUUCGUGAUGUUCCCAUAACCUCUUCUUACACAUGCAGAAGUUAUUUGCCCCGAAGCAGAGUCUAUGUGAAGUACCUUUACAAGGAGCACUUUAAGGAUUUUCAAUAUUUAGUUUGUAGAGUAUAUACAAAAUUUUGAUUUUGGCAUAUCAGAGAUGCCUGAGAGACAGAGUUAACACAGCAUCAAGGAAAAGAUCCGUGCUGUGUUGGCAAAGUGUGUGCACCAUUUCUACUGGCAAAAAAAUGUUUUCCAAAAACUGUUUACCACACAUCAUUUUCUCAUUUGAGUUUUUCCAUUGCCCUCUGAAUCGCUUGCUUUUAACAACAAUGCGGUCAUCCCAUGAGCUUGGCUUUGGGAGGGGCUUCAAUUCGAUUAACCACAAGCCCUGAAGCAAACAUACGUUUUAAAGACCCAACACGCAAGCAAGCGGGAAGCAAACUUUUUUUUUUUUUUUCAGAUGAAGGAAAGUCAGAAAGCGUUUUAUUGUUGCUCUAAAUUGAUCUGUGCACAUAGGCCUGUCUUUAUGGAAACAAUUCAUAGCUGCUUUGAAAUCUGCCACAAACUUGAGGUCUAAGUUCCUUUUGGUUAGGAUCAUUGUUAUAUUGCUAUAAUUACUGUUCGCCUGCUUCAGUUGCUGCUAGCCAUAUUGUCUAACUCACUUUAAGUAGUCACACACUCAUCUGCCAAGAGGUUAUGGGAAGAGAUUGGACCAGACUUUCAUCACAAAUUUACCUAAUCAACAGAUGCAGUUUUUGGAAAGAAACAAAAAGUUUUUUUUUCUUUUGGUAAAUUAAAUCAUUGAUUAGAAAGUGAACACAACUGAAGACAGGUUUUAUUUCUAGACUCAAGAGUAAUGUGCAUGAAGUAAAAUGACCCCAAUUAAAAUGGCACAAACACCUAGAGUAGAGCCUACACUUAGUUUUCUGAAGAGACAUCUGUGAAUAUCUGUGAUCUUAUAGCAUAAUACAGAUCAUGCACUGAGUAAAGUGACAGAAAGAAGUUUGUGAUAUGAAGGAAAAAAAAGAAAGAAAAGAAAUCAGGACAUUUUUGAGCCAUUUUGUCCUUUCAUUACUGUGAACUGGUGUCACAACUGUACAGAUGAUAUACUUGUAUAAAGUGUUUAUAUACAGUG